GCUCAGGUAAUGUUAGAUGAGUGCUUUAACUCUCUUUAUUUGAAUAUAUUGUCUUCUGGUAAAAAAUGUUCCUCAAACCCAUCUCUGUAUUCAACUCUUACUGUCGCAGAUGCUCUUGUCUACAGUGCAGAAGUCACAUUUCAAAUAACUUUAUCUACCCUCCUCUUGUGUGAGUCUCAAACAGUGGUGGUAGGUGGGCUCUGGAAUUGCCAGUAAAUAAAACUGAUUUCAUCUUUGCUUUAGCUUCCCAUUACUCCUUUGAUUUUCUCGUGCUAACAGAGACCUGGAUAUCUCCACAGAACACUGCUACAUCAGCUGCUUUAUCCUCUGCCUAUGCUUUCUCUCACUCACCACAAAAAAUAAGCAGGGGUGGUGGUUAUUGUCAAGGAGAUGGUGUUUUACACUUCUCCUCUUGUCUCAUUUAACCAUCUCCUCUUUUGAAUUCCAUGCCAUUUGAGUCACCUCUCCAAUCAACCUUGUUAUCAUUGUUGUCUACUGCCCUCCUGGUCCCCUAGGAGACUUCCUGGAAGAAAUGGACACAUUUCCCCCCUAACUCUUCUGGACUCCUUUGUCCUUACACUCAACAGCUACAUCCCCACACACAAAGGAAGCAGUGUCCUGGACCUGGAUUUCACCCGUCUUCCCCCAGCUACAGACAUGACUGCUACCCCACUACACCUCACCGAUCAUCACCUUCUAUCCUUCACCAUCACUACCUACCUAAAACUAUCCUACCUAAAACUGCCCCCUCGCUCUUACCUGCCACAACUUCCACUCUGUCUCCCCUUCCUCUGUAGCUUCUGGCACAUUUUUGUUUCUCUUCCUGAUCCUGAGUCUUUUUCCUCACUACUCUUGGAUUCAGCUACAGAUAAUUUCCUCUCCUCUCUUUCCUCAACCAUGGACUUUCUCUGCACUUUGUUCACUAACGUUUUAUCGAGCACAUUUUGUAUCGCUAUCGAUUACGUGUCUAUCGCGAUACAUAUUUUUAUCGUUUUAUUUCCUCGUGUCAGGCGUUAUGUAUAAAUAAAAUUGUACAGUUUCUUAAUUUUUCUUGAAUCAAAUUCUUCUGCAGUAUGUUGGUGAAAGUGAACGGGCAGUUCGCCAGGUGUUCCAGAGAGCACAAAACGCUGCCCCCUGUGUCAUCUUUUUUGACGAGAUUGAUGCCCUUUGCCCCAGACGUUCUGGCCAUGAGUCAGGAGCCAGUGUACGUGUGGUAAACCAGUUGCUGACCGAGAUGGAUGGGUUGAAGAAGCGUCGCCAAGUUUUUAUCAUGGCUGCCACCAACCGGCCAGAUAUCAUAGAUCCAGAAGUCAUUCGACCGGGCCGCUUGGACAAAGUGUUGUAUGUCGGUUUCCCUCCAGCAGAAGACAGGCACGCAAUAUUGCUCGCUAUUACCAAGGGAGGAACUAAACCUCGCCUGGACUUGGAUGUGAGCUUGAGGGAAAUUGCACAUGACCAGCGCUGCGACGGUUUCACUGGGGCAGACUUGUCAGCACUGGUGAGAGCGGCUUCGGUUGAGGCAUUAAAUGCCCAUCUCCAUAUACCACAUGCAGGGCACACAUUCUCCUCCGAGUCUGUUAAAGACAUUAGAGUCAGCCGGCAGGAUUUUGAGGAGGCUUUUAAGAAGCUGCGGCCGUCCGUCUCCAAAAAGGACCGGCUCAUGUACGAGAAUCUGCGUGAAUCUCUCACCGGGCAGUAGCCGAGCGGACGGAGAGUGUUGCUUUUUCCUGUUAAAAUAAACAUUUUUUGGAGUUCA